AGUCCCAUUUUAUUCUGUAAAGAAAUUACAUUAUUAUAUUGCAUCAUGUUCUUUCAAAUUCUGUACCUUUUUAAACAACACUCUUGAAAAACAUCAAAUUCACUUAAAAUACUUGGGCUGCAGCCGUUUCAUGGUUGUUGGUGAUUACAGGAGAAAGUGAGGACUGCAGAUGCUGGAGAUCAGAGCUGAAAAUGUGUUGCUGGAAAAGCGCAGCAGGUCAGGCAGCUUGGUGAUUACAGCACUGAAACAUGAAGUUCAUUUUCUCACUCUGGCCCAUCAAAUCAUUUGAAGGUUGGCUUCUUUAAAACAGAUCGUGCCACUCAAACCGAUGACAGUGACAUAUUGGAACUAAAGAAAAUGAGUAAUGAUGUUGAGUCACUUGUAAAGCUUAGGCAGUAGUAAUUCAGUAUUACCUUUGAGGUGAGAAUCCUGAUUGUGACCCCGCUCCCCACUCCCUGGAAGAAGGCCUGGACUGCCCUUGACUUACUGUGCUGGGAACCCCUGAGUGAAGACUACUCUCCUUGACUUGAUUGAGGCCUGUUGGCAACUAUGACAAGUUUCCUGGCUUUAUGUCUGUGCUAAACAGCAAAGCAAAAUAACAGUAACAUGAGUUAUCUCUGGAUAAGGGGGUCAAAGUACAAAAAGGCAAGGAAUUGAAAAUGCUGGAGCAUCCAGGAUGUUACCAUUCUUAAAAGAGGUUUACAAUCCAAAACAUUGCUCCUAAAAGCAGACUACGAAAAGAAAAUGAAGCAGCAAUCUUUAGACCUAUAUAAUAGAAUUAAUGACUACACUUCAUAUCUUCAAGAUAUGUAUCUACAGAGAAUUGAAGUCCUUCGUAAUAGUUUUAAACAGCAACUUGCUAAUGAAGUAGCAAAGAUGAAUGCUGGAUUUGAGAAAUACUGUACAGAAGUGCGUGCAAGGAAUCAAAUGUCUCUUGAUGAUAAUUCUGUGGUCGCGAAUAUACUUAAGCAGAAGGAUUCAUUAAUUUCAUCUUUGAGAGAACAAUUACUAGGCUAUGAGCAAAUACAUCAGCUCAAUAUGGACUUCAAGGAUGAGUUUGAGAGAGAUCAACUUGUUCAAGAAAAUGAAGAACUGAAGGAUCAAAUUUACUUAGUGAAGAAGAAUGCCGAAAAGAUGUCGGAAACCAUUAAUUUGAAUGAAAUGCAAUUAAAAGAUUUAGAGAAGGAGCUUCAAAUGCUGAAAGAGCAAAGUGAAAAAAAUGAAAGCAAACUGAGAAAGUUGAUUAAAUCUGAAGAUUAUUUGAGAAAACAACUGGAAGCUGAAAAAUCCAAAAGGGAACAUAUGUUGAAAGCACAGAAAUUAAAAAUGGAAAGUGUUUUAAAUGCUACAUUGAUUCAGAUGGAAGAGCAGGAGCGAACUGCUCAAGAGCUGGCUGUGUCCUUAAAAGAAAAGGAAACAGAAUUAGCUCACCAGAGGAAACUCUCUGCUGCACAGAAGGAAACUGUCAAGGAGAAGGAAGUUUGUCCAGUGCCAGAACAGGUGGAAACUGAGCCUAUGAGUAAAGACAAAGUCAUUGAAGAUCUUCAGAAACUCAAGAAGAUAGAGAAAGAACAAAGAAAACUUAAUGAGAGCCUUAAAAUUCAGCUGGAACGAACAAAUCAAAUGUGGGAAAAGAAAUUUGCUAUACUGAAGCAAAGUUACCAUGCAAUAAAGGAUGAGAUGUAUCUGAGAUGUUCUUUGCAACGUCAAGCACCAAUCCUUCACUGUGCUUUUACACGUUACACAGUCAGCGAUUCUGUUGGGAUUGAUUUUAAGGAAAGAAAUAAUAUGUCUCCAUAUUUCACAUUGCCCCAAAUAGGGUCCCACUCAGCACCAAGUACAGCACAAACAGAGCCUAACAUGAACAGAACUCCAAGUGCCCCAGGUGCUAUUAAUUUAAGAUCGCCUGAUAAUAUAUGCUAAAGGAAACCACAGUACAUGGAACCCGUCUCUCCCGAUGCAACGUGAAUAGUUAAUCGAAUUGUCAAAACCAACAAACCGUUUUUCUUUCCUACAUUGGAUGGAUUUAACCUAUUAAUAUUGGUACACGAUGUCCAGUACAAACCGUGAAAUUUUGCGAUAGACUGUUUUAUAAAGGUCACGUAAAAAUCAAUGCAGUCUUCCACGCUAAGCUGUUUUCUUUACUCCCUGAAGUUCACAGUAGGGUCUGCAUAAGUAAUGGCUUGUUGAAGUAAAUACCAACGUUCAACUGUGUUGCAGUUACAUCCAUUUACCCCCAUCCACAAUUAUAUGUUUCAAAUGAAUACGUUAAUAAACUAAAAAUUAGGCACUGAAGACAAUAAUUCAAAAAUGUACUCCGCCGUUAAGAGAAUAAUUUCUACCACACAUGUUAAGAAUCCGAAUGGGUUCGCAACAAUUUUCCUAAACUUUUUUGCAGAGUCAUUACGGCAGAGUAAACAUUAAAGUCCGUUAACGCAAUUAUGGCAUCUGGACUGUUCAUUUUUCAGAUACUGGAAAGGGAUCGUUUUAUUCGCAAGUAUUGAUAUUUAUAUCCAGUACAUUAAAAUCACGAGAAACCGUAUAGUUUUGUGCAUAGCUGUUGAUCCACCAGAGAGCCACCCAGAAUCAACAGCGCCAACUGUUUGUACAGAGUAGAAUUUACACUCUGCCUACUCACUUUUGACAGAAAAUGCUUUAUUUUUCUUCCAAUUGUGUAGUGCAACCGGUGGCGUCUGCUGCAACAGCAAGAAGGUAAAGGAUGUUUGAAAGAUUUGAAUAGUCAAACGCUUUCGUUUUCUAAUGCGUUUGUCAUGGUAAAAUACAGCCCCUGUCUUUCACCCUCUCAUAAAUCAAUAUCGUCGGACAGAAAGUUUUAUGGUGAGUUUAACACUAAUUUAAAUAUUUAAUAGGCAAUUCCUGGUGUUGUAUUUUAGUAAGCAUUUGAACGUUGUUAUACAAAGAGUAUGUUUCAUUAGAUACCUUAUUAAAAUAUCUUGCCGAUUUUUUUUUCUCUUUCCUACCGAGAACUUCAAAGUUUUGAUCGUACAGAAACAUUGAGUCGUGCAUAUUUCGACC